AUGGCCUCCCGGUGCGCCCCGGCCUGCUCCCCGCUCGGCCCCUCGUUCUGCUGCUCCCGAGUGCUCCGUUGCCGUCCCGGCCUCGCCCGUCCCGCGGCACAGACUCGGCGUCGACCGUCCUCGUCCUCCUUCUCCUCCUCGUCCUCCACCCCGUCCCCGUCCGCCUCCCACGUCAACGACCUCCCCGAAUCACGCCUCAACCCCAGGCCAGAUGACUACGCCGCGCCCACAUUCGCCGACAAGGCCGAGCUGACCCUCAACGCCGGCCACGGCGGCAACGGCUGCAUCUCCUUCCUGCGCGAGGCCUUCCUUCCCGACGGCCCCCCCAACGGCGGAGACGGCGGCGCCGGCGGCAGCGUCUACGUCCAGGCCGCCCACGGCGAGACGUCCCUCCACAAGCUCGCCCGCCGCCGCUUCAUCCGCGCCGGCCGCGGCAAGCAUGGCCAGGGCAGCGCCCGUGGUGGCGCCCGCGGCGACGACAUCGUCAUCACCGUGCCCGUUGGCACCAUUGUCAGGGAGCUCGAGAGGCAGGACCCGGUCGCCGACGAGGCCUUGACCAUGAAGGCCUGGAAAGAUUGGAUGAAGGAAAAGAAGAGGCGGGAUCGGGAACUUGCCCUGGAGGAGGAGGCGCGGAGGGACCUGGAGGCUGCCGCCAAGGAAGAGGAGGAGCAAGGCGGCCGAGAGAAGCGGCCGAAAAGAGUGGCUCGACAAAAGGUGCAGGAGGAAGAGGAGGAGGGCGAAGAGGAGCUGGAGGAUCCUGAGCGCCCCAAGUGGCUGCUGUAUCCGGGCAUGUCCAAGUCCGACAUCAAGAACACCGCCUUCCCUCGCCUACCUCGCCGCACCCGCUACCUCCAGCAGCCUGCGGCCCCCAUCUACCUGGACCUGUCGCGCCCCACGCCGCAGCCCAUCCUCCUCGCUGCCGGCGGCAUCGGCGGUCUAGGAAAUCCGCACUUCACAUCGCGGGAGCACCCGCGCCCCAUUUUCGCUACAAAGGGCGAGGCCGCCGUCUCCAUGCGCGUCUCCCUCGAGCUCAAGCUGCUCGCCGACGUCGGCCUCGUCGGCCUGCCCAACGCGGGCAAGAGCACCCUACUGCGCGCCCUGACAAACAGUCGCACCCGCGUCGGGUCUUGGGCCUUUACCACGCUGCAGCCCAACAUCGGCACCGUCGUCCUUGACAAGUACUCGGGCCGCCCCGCCGUCCAGACCCGCCGGCCUCUCGCCCAGCAGCUGCCCGGCCAGGAAGCCCUCGACGCCGAGCCCCGAACGCGCUUCACCGUCGCCGACAUCCCCGGCCUCAUUGAGGGUGCCCACCUCGACCGCGGCCUCGGCAUUGCCUUCCUGCGCCACGUCGAGCGCGCCGGUGUUCUUGCCUUCGUCGUCGACCUCGGCGCCGGCAACGCUGUCCGCGCCCUCGAGGCCCUGUGGCGCGAGGUCGGCCUGUACGCCCAGAUGCGCGACGAUGAGGACCGCGGCCGCGAGCUCGAGUCGCGCGUCGACUGGGGCCUUGAUCAGGACCCCCUGCGCGGGCCCGUCAACCUCAUGGACCCCCAGCUCGCCGGCCCGCCCUCGGACGAGGUCGUCUCGCCCGUCCUGCACAUCGCGGGCAAGCCCUGGUUCGUCGUGGCCACAAAGGCCGACCUUGCCGACACGCAGGAAAACUUUGCCGAACUCAAGGCCUACCUCGACGACGUCACCAGCGGCAAGGCGCCGCACCCGAGCGGCGUCGAGGGCGCCUGGACGGCAAAGUGCGCCGCCAUACCCGUCAGUGCCAUCAACGGGCAGGGCGUGGAUCGCAUCGUGCACUGGACAGUCGGCUUAUUGGAGGAAUGA